AUGAAUUUCUCUUCUUCUGUGGUUCUUUGGAUAGUUCAUUAUACCCCAAGAACAAGAAAGCUAACUCCUGACAUGAUGUUAUCGCGCCGUUUCUUUUAUCUUCUGGCUUUGCUGCUAAGUGUGGCAAUUGUCUGUGUGGCGGCUGACGUCACUUCUAUUGUUGACAAAGCCACUGCUGAGGUGGAAGCUCAGGUUGAUGCUUCGCGAGCGGCGGCGGCUAAAGCUGUUGCUGACGCUCAAGCUUCGGCUCUUGCUGCUGCUCGCUCUGCUGCUGACUCU